AAAAUGGACAAUUAAGAAAAAAAAACUUAUCAACAAUUCGAUUGGUAAGAAUAUGAACGAAAAAGAGCGAUAGAAAAGGAAUAAUAUGAAAGAAUAUCAAAAGAAAUUUAAGAAACUUAAGAAAGAUCAAAAUAGACAUUAGCAAACUUAGAGGUGACAUUCAAAAAUUUAGAUCUUGCAAAAGCUUAAGCUAGAUAAACUGUCGAUAACAUAGACAAUUUCAAAAAAUAGUUCAGCGAUGCUAUGGACAGAUUAUUAGACUGUAUUGGAAAAUCAAUGGGAUCUAAUAGUAUUAAAAGUAAUGAAUAAAAUCCUAAAACUGCAAAAGAAGUAACUGUUGGAUAAGCAUAAAAACUAAUGACUAAAAAUGUUUUAAUUUUAUGUGGAGCAGGCCUAAGUCAUGCAAGUGGUAUUCCAACAUUUAGAGGGAAAGAUGGAUAUUGGACAAAAGGAGAAAAUACUUAUCAAUGCUAAAAAGUUUUGACAAAUGAAUUUUUAUAGAGUAAUCCAGAUUUAUGUUGGGAAUGGCAUAAAGAUUUUUAGAAGACUUUAAUAAAUAAAAAACCUAAUGCAGGUCACAUAGCUAUUGCUAAUUAUCAAAAGAAAAAUCCAAAUACCUUAAUAGUAUCUUAAAAUAUAGAUAAUAUACUCACAUCUAUAUUACCUUAAAAAUAAAUUAAGCAUGGACAUUUUGAAUCAAUUUAUGAAAUACAUGGAAAUAUUUAAUAUAUGAGAUGCUCCAAAGAAUGUACACUCAAAAAAAAUGAAUUAGCCACUCUUUAUGAUAUGCCAGAUCUAAAUAAAAAUUUAAGACCAAAAUGUCCUCAAUGUGGGGAAUAUGCAAGGCCACAUAUUUUAUUUUUUGAUGAAUCUUAUACAUAAGAAAACUGUAGGAUUACGGAAUUAUAAGAAAAAUAUGAAAACUAUGAUACUAUCAUUGUUGUUGGAACUAUGCUUGAAACUGGAUGCGCUAAAUCAACUGUUUGCCAAUUUAUAAAAAAAAAGGCCACAAUUAUUGAAAUCAAUCCAGAACCAAUAAUUGAAGUUGGAAAUACUUUUUAAAUAAAAGGAAAAUCAGAAUAGAUCUUGCCUUAAUUGUUAAAAUGAG